AGCAGCUACUUCCUGUCUGUGUCUGAAAGCCUUGCUUGGGGGGGGUCACCACAAAGGUGUUUAAAAAGCUGCAGGGACAGGCACUCAGUGGUCAUCCACUCUCCCCACCCCUGUCUGUGCCAUGGCUGCAGUGUUUGGAUUUGGGUGGCUUUUUCUCCUUUCUUUUCUUGGAAGUAUAGAGGGUCAAAACACCCCUGCCCCAUAUAUUCACACAAAAUGCCUUGGAAAUAUAAUGCGUGUAGAUGUUCGUCCGCCUCCUGGGCAAUCUCUGGAAGUUUCUGUUGUUGUUGCUAACUCUGCUGUUAAGCUGACGCAAAGUUUGGCAAAGCGAUGCGGAUUCAGUAUGACACACAAGCAAGGAACAGUCAUGAUCUACGUCUCCCUUCACAAUUGUUUUGCUCAAAACUUGGGGGAUGGCUACAGAACGGUGUUAAAUCUCAGGCUCCAUUCUAAGACGAUGCCUCAAGAUGAGGUGUACCAGCUCACCGAAACCUGCCACUACAGGGCACGGGCCUCCAGAGAGAUUGUCUGUGACCGCAACUAUAUGGAGGUGUCCAUGAAAAGGGCCCUUCCAGAUGAUUACGCCCUUCCACUCCAUGCUGUUCCCAAGGAGAAAAAACUGAUUGACUUAGGCUUCAAAAUCACAUCGCUGGUGUUCUUCACACCUGAAGAGAAAAGGAUGACUCUGCAAGAGGCCCACAAAGCCGGCUACGGCGUCGCCAACACCGCCACCAGGUUCAUCCUGAGAAGUUGCAAGUCUGCGCCUGAGACAUACAAACAGCACGUAGCAGGAGUCCCCAUGUCUGUGCUGCAAGCCUCUGCCAUCCUUGAAAAGAGGUGGUUCAAAAGACAGAUCCCUGCAGCAGCUGCUUGUCCUCUCCAAGAAGGGAGUGUUUACUUCACAGAGAACAUGAUCAGCUGGUUCCUGCCCAUGCGCAUCGACCCGCUCAUUUCCUCUGAAAAGGUUCGUCUUCUGGAGGUGCACUUCGGCGUGGACGGAAGGAGGCUGGAUGCCGCCGAGUUGUCGGCGCGACAUUACAACCUGACAGUCGACGACAUCUACGUCGUGGUCCAAAUUCCCAUUGGCGCGCCAGGCGGCUUCUUCAUGAGUUUCAUCCAGAAUAAUCAAUAUUCAGUCUCUUACGUGAUUGAGCCCAUGCUCGAGUUGCUGUGGGUUGAAGAAGCCACCCGCGAGGACACAAGAUACAAAGUGCUCUUCCCCAUCAUGACUCCACCAGAACCUCAAGCGUUAAAACUGAAAGAUGACACUGUCCCUGAGGAGAAGGUGUUCAAAGUGACUCUUGGCCCAUUAGCAUCAGAUGUGGUUCUGCUCAACGUAACCUUCGACGACGAGCUCCUGUCAGUCCAUGACUGCAACGAGCGCGGCUUCAACGUGGAGGAGCGCCGUUCACAGACCAGCGGCUUAAAGUUCAUCUCUCUCCAAGUGUCCUUCGCGGACCGGGUCGUGAAACAGACGAAAGAAGCAGGAUCUACGGUUUACUCACUGCACCUGAUUUUCGGCCUGGCGGUCCUGCCCAAGUUGCUGCCAUUUUGUCACACUGCUCAUCUGAAGGCCAGAUUAGGGAAUGGAAUGCGUGUUCCCAGCCCGCCUGCAUCUCCACUCCUACCUUUAGCUACCGGCGGCUGCGACACGGAGAACUUCUACAUUCUCGUGCAAUACGGAACAGAAGGCCACAACUUCCAAACUAAUCUAGGGGAGCGCACUUUGACUGAGAGUCUGGCUCAGGAGUACGGCUUCAACAGCAACCAAACGCACUUCAGCAUAGUGGUGCCGUUUUCGUCCCCUGAUGUCGUCUAUGAGGCUAUCGAGGGGCCGUCUAUCCGGAGCACACUUGAUGUAGCACUGAUUAAUCCCGAAACCAACCUCGAUCUCAAUGCCUUCACUCUGACGUGUCUCUUCAACGUAAAACUCACAGUAUGUUUACCGAACGGAACAAUUACAGCAGUCGCCGUCAAACUGGCAUCAGUCCCCAGCCUGAACCCCAGUCAGCUGACCCUACUCGACCCCAAGUGUGGGCCGGCCUACAGCAACGAGCGCUACGCCUACUUCGUCUUCACAGGAAACACCUGCGGUACCACCCGGAAGUUCUUAUCUAAUGCAAUGCUUUAUGAGAAUGAAAUCUCUCUGCCGGAGACCCUCGUACGGCCUAAAAGGAACAGAUCAAAUGAUGAACCUCAUUAUACCUUAAGCAUUGCAUGUUACUAUGACGUCAACGCAAGUCACUCCGUGGCUUUCCGCACCAGACCUCGCAGGAAUGACCCGUAUGCUGAAAAUGGGAGAGGCGAGCUGCAAGUGGUACUGAGGCUGGCUGUGGAUGACUCCUACAGUGAGUUUUACAGUUCCCCAGACUACCCAAUCUCAAAGUACCUGCAACAGCCGUUGUAUUUUGAGGUGGCGCUCAUGAGUUCGAGCAAUCCGAAGGUGUCACUGGAGCUGGAGACCUGCUGGGCCACGGUUGACAAGGACAGAAAAUCCAAGCCCAGAUGGAAUCUAAUCAUAAAUGGCUGUCCAAACCCAGUCGACCCAUCCCAGGUAGUUUUCCAUCCUGUGUGGGAAAACGACAGAGUGGAGUACCCAUCCCACGUAAAGCGCUUUGAGGUCCGCAUGUUUGCCUUUGCUGAAGACCAGAACAACUUGAACGAGCAGCUUUAUGUCCACUGUGAUGUGGAGAUCUGUGACUCGAGAAAUCGCCUAAGUGAAGCGUGCAAGAAGAGGUGGUGUUACGGCCAGGACAACAAGAUUAAAGUUCAAAAGAGAGCCACUUCGCAUGACCAAGACCUGAUACAAGUGUCUUCUGGAUGCAUCUCUCUAUUGCAAUAAAAUACUUUUAAAUGGGAAA